UGAUAGUGAUGACCAGCAAUAGUGGUUCAGGUGAUGACCAUCGAUGUCGACAAUGUCCUUACUUAGACACUAUCAAUAGAGGUGUUCUUGACUUCGACUUCGAGAAGCUAUGUUCGGUGUCUUUGUCACAAAUCAAUUGUUAUGCAUGUCUUGUCUGUGGGAAGUACUUCCAGGGUCGUGGUAUCGGAACUCAUGCAUACAUGCAUUCGGUAUCUAUUGGUCACCACGUGUUUCUUAAUUUAGAUUCUUUGCGUUUCUAUUGUCUUCCCGAUAAUUAUGAGAUAAUCGACUCAUCACUCGAUGACAUAACAUAUGUAUUGAAUCCGACGUUUACUGCCGAACAGAUCCGAUUGUUGGACACGAAUGCCAACAAUUCAAUAGCUUACGACGGGACGGCAUAUUUGCCGGGAAUUGUCGGCUUAAAUAAUAUCAAAUAUAAUGAUUAUUGUAAUGUUGUUCUUCAGUGUUUGUCACACGUACCACAUCUGAGAGACUAUUUUUUAAAUGAAGACAAUUAUAUAAAUCAUAUUAAACGCAAUUCUAGUUCCGAUUAUAACUCUUUGUUAGUCCAAAGAUUUGGUCAAUUGAUCCGUAAGUUAUGGAAUGGUUCCAACUUUAAGGCUCACGUUUCGCCUCAUGAGAUGCUUCAGGCAGUUGUGUUGUCAUCUCAUAAAAAAUUUCAAAUUACAGAACAAGGAGAUCCAAUUGCUUUUCUUUCAUGGAUUUUAAAUACACUUCAUUUGGCACUUAAAGUAAAAAAAGGUACGAAACGAUUAAAAACGACGGAAGCUUUGGACAAGAAAGACAAUACAAGUCAUGAAAAAGUGAUACGCGAAGAGUCUUCGAUACUUUAUUCAACAUUUAGGGGCAAAAUGAAGACUUAUUCGCGAAAAAUGAUUCCAAUUGAUAAAACUAUUGAUGAAAGACUUCAACUAAUGCUUAGUGAGGAAUAUAGAGAGAAGUGCGAAGAAACACCAUUUAUUUACCUAACUCUUGAUCUUCCGCCACAACCUUUAUUUAAGGAUGAAUUGAGCGAUAAUAUCAUACCUCAGGUCCCGUUAUAUACAAUUUUAGCGAAGUUUAAUGGUAUUAAUGAAAAGGAAUAUAAAACAUAUAAAGACUCAUCAAUGAAGAGAUUCGAGUUAACAGUUUUACCCAAAUAUCUCAUUCUUUAUAUCAAAAGAUUUACAAGAAAUACAUUUUUUAUAGAAAAAAAUCCAACGAUUGUUAACUUUCCCCUAAAAAAUGUUGAUUUUACUGAACUAUUAGCUCCCGAAAUGAGACACAAUAAGAGUAUUUACGAUUUAAUUGCUAACGUUGUUCAUGAAGGAGAGCCCGAAGCCGGAAAAGGCACCUAUAGGUGCCAUGUCUUACAUCGGGGAACCGGAAAAUGGUUUGAAUUGCAAGAUCUUCACGUUUCGGAAAUUUUGCCACAAAUGAUAACUUUAUCGGAAUCUUAUAUUCAAAUUUGGGAAAAACAAAUUAUUAUCGAAUAAUUCAUCGAUAUUUAUAUUCAUUAUUAAAUUAUCUUAAUUAUACUUUAUUAUUACUGAAUGCAUUGUAAUUUACAAUAAAUAUUUUUUUAGUACCGGUA